AUGAAUCCAUAUGAGGUGCUAGAGAUUAGCGAAGAGGCCACUGAGGUAGAAAUUAGAAAAGCUUAUAAGAAACAAGCACUACGUUAUCAUCCGGAUAAAGUCAUCGAUCCAACAGAGAAAGAGGUUAAUGAAAUCAAAUUUAAAGAAAUUACUCAUGCAUAUGAGAUUCUAACCAAUAAAGAUUCCAAUGGUUUAUUUGGAAGUACAGAUCAAGAUUAUGAUGAUCCAGAGGAUGCAGAUUUCAGGAAUUUUUUCACACAGGAUUUCAAUGGCGGCCCACCACCACCACCACCUCAAAGAAAGAACCCAGAUGUCUUGAUCGAAAUUGAAUUGACAACUAAAGAGUUAUACAAUGGUAAAGUCAUUAAAUUUAAAUUAUCGAAAUCCGUGGUUUGUGAGACAUGUGAAGGGAAUGGUUGGAGACGUCGAAAAAAUGGAAAUUUAUAUGAUCCACCGUUGAUAGAUUGUUCCAAAUGUCAUGGUAAAGGUUUCACAGAGAGAACUAUGAGAACACCAUUUGGGUUCAGUACUGUACAGAGACUUGCAUGUACUAAAUGUUCAUCUGUUGGAAAAAUUAGAGCAAGACCAAAUUCUGAAAAGAAUAGAUGUAAGAAAUGUCAUGGAGAUGGGUUAGUACAAAUAGAAGACACUAUAACGAUAUCUGUCCCUAGGGGUUAUCAAAAUGAUGAUACAAUUACGCUAGCAAAACAAGCAGAUCAAACUUUAGAUGGUAAAGAUCCUGGUGAUAUUGUGUUUGUUAUCAAAGAGAAGAAAAAUUCUACUAAAUUGGAGAGACAUAAUAAUAAUUUAUUCAUGUUUACCACCGUGACUUUGAUGGAAGCCAUAAGUGGGUUCCGAGACAAAUAUCUAGUGAAGACUUAUGAUGAUAGAACAUUAAUGUGGUCUAUUCCAAGUGGUAAAGUACUUAGACCAGGUGAUAUAAUAAAAAUUUCAGGUGAAGGUUGGCCUACAGCGGGGAAUACUUCACAUACUGUAACCUUUGGAGAUUUAUAUGUUACUAUUAAUAUUGAAUUCCCACCUGAUAAUUGGAUUACAGAGAAAAAUGAUCUAGUACAAUUACAAAACAUUUUACCUGGUGUUAAACAAUCAAAAGAAGAGACCAUACCAAUGGAUGCCAAAAAUUGUGAACAUAUUAACUCAUUUGAUAUCGUACAUGAAUUACCAAAGGAGGAAGAACCUCAAGAAAAUUACAAUGCUCGACCAAGUGAUGCUGGACAGCAUCAAGAGGGAGUUCCAGAAUGUUCAACUCAAUGA